CUAUCACUAGCCCUGCAGCGGAAUGUCGUGACAGAAACUGUGACUGUGAAUUUACGCAAAUAAACUGCAUCCAAGUAAAGAAACGUUAUAACAUUUGGUGCUAGUGUUGGAUAACCACGAGCACAGCUGAUUCGAUUUUCACAAAUUAUAAUUUCAGACAAAGCGCUCUUCGCACACGGCUUGUGCUAUUUCACAAGAAGGUACAUCACUAGUUGGUGUUGUAACAGCUGUAACGAUUCCAUCUCUCAUAUACCUCGCUUUCGUGUAAUAAUAUUCGGGGCAUAAUGAGCACAUUCAGGCAGUUGUACAAUCUUUCUGCUGGCAUGGGCCGGCGGGCGCUACAAGUUGCUACAAGAAUAGCACAAAAUGAGGCACGCACGCACAGUCACUUCCAGUUCCAAGUGCAAUUUCCCACGAGACUGGCGUCCAGCACUACAGCUGUUCCUGUUUGGACCGGCACGAACACAUGCACGUGCAGGGGGAAACCAGUCAAAGAUGCAGGCGAAAACAAGGCCACUAACAGCAUACCGCUGGGCGAGCUGCAAACGAAAAUGCAGCUCAUUUACACCUGCAAGAUCUGCCAGACGCGCAACAUGAAGACCAUUUCAAAGGUGGCCUAUCAGCGUGGCGUCGUCAUCGUAACGUGCGAGGGCUGUGCCAAUCAUCACCUGAUAGCCGACAAUCUGAAUUGGUUCACGGAUCUGAACGGCAAGCGUAACAUCGAGGAGAUUCUGGCCGAGAAGGGCGAGAAGGUGAUCAAAAUGGUGGACGGAAACUGCGAAUUUCUGCCCGAAGACAAUAAACCGAAACCGAAUCCUUAACUGUA